CAAUUUUUGAGUCCUCAGAAAAACGAGCUUUUCGAAAACGUCAACGAUUAGAGUCAACAAACUUUGUAAAGUCAUUUAUGAGAUUGACAUUUUUUCGAGAAAGAUUUCAAGAAGAAUUGGGACGUUUGGGGUUAAUUCUUCAUCGAAUACUUUUAAAUUAAAUUGAGUAAAUUGUGUUCCGCCAUCUAGUGGUCAAGAAUAGAAUUACAUCCAAAAUGUGAACAUUUAACAAUAAAUUUUAAGCUUGUAGUCUUCAACGAAGAGUGUGACAAAAAAAAAACAUUUUCAAGUCCUCAAGGAAACUAGUGUAUGUUUUCAUAUACAUCAAAGAUAUUUCUUCUUAGCCAAACCUACUUUACCUGUUUUCACAAGACCGCUAGAGUCAAUGACAAAGACUGAAAUGUUAAUUAUUUGAUUAAGUUAAUUACUUAAUGCCGGUUAUCCCUUUUCAACACUGCUUAUUGAAAAGCAAACACAACCGUCCACACCCUUGUUAAUCUUCCUUUUGUUGAUUUUUUUCCUUGUUGCUAAGGUCACACACAAAAAAAUGCUGUUGAGAGAUUGUCCUUAUUUGUGUGUGGUUUGCGACUCUUGGAGUUGUUGCGAUGUCAUCGUUUGCUUCCAGACUUUUAAGUGGAGGCAGAUGAGACUCAUGGUUGGAACCUCCCCUCGGGUAGACCGCCCACUCAGCCCUGAACCCGAUUACUUGCCAUCAACUGUCACUUGUAAGGUCAUUAUAUCCAGAUUAAAGUCACUGGACGGUAUAUAAGGCGCACCUGCAUUGUAUAUCUUUAUGGACAGUAUAGCUUUGACGACAGUGAAAAUGUCCAGACUGUUUCCCCUAUUUUGUAAUGUUACGUCCUUAUUCCAAAAUUAAAUCAAUUUUUUUUCUGCUGAAAAUUCUACACGUCACAUAUUGACAAUGUGAAAGAAAGUAUUUCGUAAAUACAUUCAAAUAGAAAAUCAUUCAUUUUAGUGGACAUAAAAGACUGACUUACAGUAUACAUUCAAGUCUUGUUUUUUUUUUUUAAACAAGCGUUUGAGCGCUCACUCCAAUCAAACACUGUGUUAGAGGGCCCCCUAGCGGAUUUGAGACAGAAGUGCAAUCUUCACUGUGCCAGUCUUUUUUUUUUUUUUUUGGAGGUGCCAAAAGAGUCACUCGUCAGGCAUUAAAUUAGAUAUUGGCUCAUAUCGUUUUCACUUGUGCCUGAAGGCUAAUUAGAUCACAGAAAGUCUUUAGUGUCAUUGCGCAACGCUCACUGUUAUUGAUUCAGGGUCCCUACUGGACUGAAACCUGACAUAAUUGGAAACAGGUCCUCUUUUGUAUUUACUCUAGAUCUGAACUAGACCAUUUAGUCUUCGACAGUUUUUUUUUUUAAUAGUCUGUAAAGUGACAGUAGAGGUCCUGAUAGUUGCUUAUAAAAAAAAUAAUUCUAUUUUACUCUAAUUGUAUUAUUCUGAUUCAAUCUGCAUUAAUGCUCCCAUGCAGGGACAAAUGUACUGGUGUGUGUCCACUUUAUUGACGCAGACAGGCGCCCAAUUAGAUUGUAUUUUUUUUAAAUUAUGUUAUUAAAAUCUUUAUCUGUGUACAAGAACGGUAAAUUGAAAUUCUAUACAUAAAAAAAAUUAAUAUUAAUAAAUAGUGAUGUAGCUGUUUAAAAUUGAUGUAACUUUUAAAGAUGGGAGAAAAGGGAAGCUGAGUCGUCAUGUCAAAAGUCCAAGUGACAUGUUGUUGGCCCGCCUCCUCCCCUCUCCGAAAAGGGGGUGGAGGGCACUCACAGCAGGUGGUGCGGCAGAGGAUCACGGACAUGAGAUUUGAUAAUCUCCACUUGUCUGACUUGGGCACAGGAUAAGGAGAACCAAAUUUGGGGACAACUCAGGUGUCUCAUCGGAAUCGUCUCCAGCCGAGAUCGGCUGAAUAAAGAUGGAGCGGCGGGGGGAAAGCGGCGGCCAGUGACGCAUCGAAUCAAUCUCAGGUGUGCUAAGGCCAAAAGGUGUCAUGGCGGUGCUCCUUGGUUGCGGCAGGAGUGCGUCCCCCUCAAUUGCCAACGGAGCGUUCCUCCAUCAGGAUGGAUGAUCCAGUUGACGGGCUCCAACCAUGUAGCGGUGUCAGGUGAUCCGAAAACGUUCCCACGGCAGCCACUAUGGAAGUGCAAACCACCUCCCUGGUGUGGAUUUACGUUAACGUCACGGUCAACGCUUCCGACGAAUUCAACUCCACCGAGAGCUCGGAGAAGUCUUACGCCAUCGGUCUCUUCCUAUCCUGCCUCUACACCGUCCUCCUCUUCCCCAUCGGAUUCAUCGGCAACAUCCUGAUCCUGGUGGUCAACCUGAACCACCGCGAGAAGAUGACCAUCCCCGACCUGUACUUCGUCAACCUGGCGGUGGCCGACCUGAUCCUGGUGGCCGACUCGCUCAUCGAGGUGUUCAACCUGAACGAGAAGUACUACGACUACGCCGUGCUGUGCACCUUCAUGUCGCUCUUCCUGCAGGUCAACAUGUACAGCAGCAUCUUCUUCCUCAUGUGGAUGAGCUUCGACCGCUACGUGGCGCUGGCCGGCUCGGUGGGCUGCAGCCCGAUGAGGACCAUGCGCCACGCCAAGCUCAGCUGCGGCCUCAUCUGGAUGGCGUCCAUCCUGGCCACGCUUCUGCCCUUCACCAUCGUACAGACGCAGCACCGCGGCGAGCUCCACUUUUGCUUCGCCAACGUCUUCGAGAUCCAAUGGCUGGAGGUGACCAUCGGCUUCCUGGUGCCCUUCUCCGUCAUCGGCCUGUGCUACUCCCUGAUCGUCCGGAUUCUCAUGCGGGCGCAGAAGCACCGCGGGUUGUGGGCCAGGCGACAGAAGGCGCUGCGUAUGAUCGUGGUGGUGGUACUGGUCUUCUUCAUCUGCUGGUUGCCCGAGAACGUUUUCAUCAGCAUCCAGCUGCUGCAGGGCACGGCCGACCCUGCCCGUAGGACCACCGCCACUCUGUGGCACGACUAUCCUCUGGCGGGCCACAUUGUUAACCUGGCCGCCUUCUCCAACAGCUGCCUCAACCCCAUCAUCUACAGCUUUCUGGGCGAGACCUUCCGGGAUAAGCUGAAGCUCUUUGUCAAGCAGAAGGCCAGCUGGUCUGCCGUCGGUCUCCAUUUGGGACCUUCGGUCAGGACUGGGGUGACGCAGGUCUAAGGACAGAGUGGGAAACAAUACCUCGGAUUUACGCCUCAUGGAUUCAGUCACCUGCUCACUUUAUGAACAAAAAACCCAAAGAUGGAUUCUGUACAUAUUAUCUUGGGUCCACACCAAAACGUUCCCUUGCCUAAAUGCUGCAAGAAAAUAUUCAAAGAAAUCUGCCAAGAUCCCCCCCCCCCCCCGCAUAAUUUUGCGUUUGAUGUUGACCUACAUGUUAGCGUAGCGUAGCGUUCACAGAGGACGCUGUCACAUAAACAACACAAUUUUAUUUGCUCCGUGUAUCUGUCAAAUACUUGUAAUCCAACUGACAUGUUCAGUCCAGCAGUGCGGUGGUGGUCAAAGUAUGGCUUGGGGGGUCACAAACGUUAUUUAAUCAGGGCUAGCAAGCAUGUUAUGCAAUUUCAAAAAGAGAAUGAAAUAUUUAAAAAAAAAAACUAUUUUACUUUCCCCUCACCUUUGUCUGGGUUUUUGUGACAUCAGCUCUUUUAUUUUAUUUCUGGAAAUAAAGACAACAAUUGCACUUUUUCAGCAUUUUGAAGCAUUAUGAUGUCAUAAAAAAAGAAUUAUACAGGACUUUAUGUGAUCGUGUUACGGUAUGAAAUGAGAGCUUUACCGGCCUGCAGACAGUCAACAUGUUUGUCAUGACAAGCAUCCUGAGAUGAUUGUUUGUGUACCAAACCACAAAACUGUUUUUGCAGCUGUAAGCAGACCAGAAGCCCUGGGAAAGUAACAUGGAAGGGGAUACUGUUUUUACUGGUUUUCAUUAAGAGGGUUGCAAAAAUAAUAAAUGAUUACGUCCGUU